AUGUGCAAGGUCUCGCCAUUGCAGAAUGUAGCUGUCACUCACAAACAAUCAAAAGAAGAGAAGAGACAGUUUGCUGGGAAACGGCAGCAGCUUGAAGAACAGUACCAGCCAGAAUUCAUUUUGACAUUCAUCUUGAUGAGUGAAGAAUUUGAACACCAGAAGAUUGUUGAGUAUGUUGCGCAAUUUGUGAAACAUUUGCUCCAAGGCAUCGAUCAUGAAGCAGUCGUCACUCGGCUCAUUCGGUAUGUGGCAUUGCUCAACACUUAUGUUCAGAACUAAUUCAUUUCCCAGUCCCAUUGCGAAGCUCUGCUAGUAUUCACCAUUCAUAUGGAUCGAUUCCGCCAGCAUGCUUUUGAGAGAUCACUGAGUGAGCAGGCCAAACUUGUCUUUAUACAUCUUAGAGAUGACAAGACACACAUUGAAUCAAUUCGAAUCAUUCAUCCACUUGUUGCAAAGGAAAUCCUUCAGCAGCUCCUCGGUGACCAAAAGCAGCAAAGUGGGUUGGCCAUGGAUCUUCUCCACGAGGAUGUGCUUUUUGAGCACAGAUUUGGAAAAGAAGAUUAUGCAAAGUUUUUGCGAACCCUGUUCAUGAGACGUUGCAGAGUAAGUAAAGGUGAUGAAUCAAACAGCUUUUUCUCUCCUCUCAUUGAACAUGUGAGUGAAAAGGAAACCCCUGACAAGGCAAUCGAGCUCCUCAAGGAGGCAUACAAACGCUUCAACAAAGAUGCAUUCUUUGCUCAGCAACUUGCUCGCCUGAAUUACUCCCAUGAGAAGUUUGAAGAGGCAAAAGAUUGGGUAGAGAUUGCAGCAAAACAAAUGCCUAACAACUCUUACAUUCUUGACACAAAAGGCCAGGUGUACAGAAGAUGGUUCAACGCCAAGUGUAAAGCAAUUGAGAAAGUACCAAAAACGGCAGAAAAUACAGCAGAUGCUGUUGAAACUUGA